GCGUGCGCUCAGGAGCCACCUGGAGGGGGCGGCCGGGAGGCGGGCAGGCACGGCGCGGGCCAGUGGCGCAAUGGAGAACGCGUCUGACUACGGAUCAGAAGAUUCCAGCCAUCUGGACUCCUUCCGCCAGCCGCCUCCCCAUAUAUAGACCCGAGAGACCCGGGACCGGCUACUCCUGGGAUCUCGGCAAGCAGGACUCGGGGUCCCAAGUGGCCAGGAGGAUGGGGCUGAUCUCGGACCUUCCCUGCCUCUUGUCUGGCUGUCUGCUGCUCAGCACUCUUGGGGAAGGCGCUGUGGCCAACAAGACGAGCACCCGGAGCAGGUGCCCUCCCGACUACGUCUACAUCAGUGGCUGGUGCUAUGUCGCCUUUGGGGACCUCCUCAGCUGGUCAGAAGCUUACCUCGAAUGCGCGAGGCUGACAGAAGGCGCUUCCCUGGCGACCAUUAGAAAUGAGCAGGACCAGCAGAUCUUGGGCCACCUGCUGGCCAGCACCACGGCCAGGAAGCAGGCCUGGAUCGGCCUCCGAAGAUCCAACGGUUAUCGCUGGGUGUGGGUCGACGGGAGCAGAUUCAGGUUGCAGCCCUUCGAUCUCCUGCCCUGGUCCGCAGGGUACGACUGCGCCGUGCUGGACACCAGCGGAGACUCACCAACUUGGGUGGCAGAGUCCUGCAGCAAUAAAAACUCCUUCAUCUGUCAAAUGCCCACCUAGAAAAGCUGAGUGGAGCCUGAGACUCAAUGGCCAGGGAACUAAAGUCUUCCCCGAGCUUCUGGCUACUGAGGCACAGUGUGUCUGCUUUUUCUCCAUUAAAACCUUCGUUUUUCCUCCUGGAGGUGUUUGUAUGGGCAGACUCUCCAGGUCUUUCAUUUCUUUCUUUCAUCCCAAGUCCCCAGUGAAAUUCUCUGUGAUCCAAUAAUAAUAAAUCAAUCAUUCAAUGGUAUGUGAGCAAA